UUACGUGUGUCGCAUCGAAAUAAUGUGGUUCUAAGGUCCUUGCACUUUAUUUACAACAGUGUCAUUAUUUUUAGAUUAAAAUGUUCUUGUGUGAUUAAUUAUCUCUUAUUUGUCAAUAAGCUAUUAACAAUCAUGGAAAAUAAUUCAAUGAAUCAUUUUGCAAAUGCCACAAGUUACGACGAAGGAGUCGAAGAAGUAAAUUGGUUUGAAGAUGUUAUUGUAGAUUCCGUAACAACCAUGGCGCAAGCAUCCUUACCUCCACAUCUUAUCGCUUCACCAGAUGGUUGUGUUGAUGAUGAUACCAGACUAACUUUAGCCUAUGAGAACCUCUAUGAAGUUCCAAGAACAAUUGUUGAAAGAUUCUCUGAUCAUAUUAAAUAUCUGGAUAUCAGUCAUAACAAAAUUACUAAUUUAGAUGCUGUAGUACACUUCAAGCAUUUAACAUCUCUGAUAGUGGAUACAAAUCCAAUCACAGAGAACUGCAUCUUACCUCCACUACCUAAACUGCAGCUACUAUGGUUUAAUCACUGUAGAAUUUCAUCCCUGUACCCAUGGGCAGGCAAAUUAAAGGAAUCCUGCCCCAAUUUGGAAUAUCUGAGUUUGAUGGGCAACCCAGCUGCACCGAGUUACUUCAACGGUGGCACAUUCUAUGAAUAUCUACAGUAUAGAUUAUUCCUAAUCUCAAAGUUUCCAUCGUUAACCCAUCUGGACGAUAGGAAAGUGACUCAAGAUGAAAUAACAGAAGCUAACCGUCUCUACAAAAGACCAUUGGUAGAGAGACUGGUUGGUCCAAGAUCGGGUGGACUGAACCAUUUGAUCCACAGCUCCGUCUCCUGGAACGCCUUCCAGAAUAGAAUAAGCUCCCUCUGGACGAAGGAUAAACCGGGAACAAAGAAUCUGUUGAUAUGACACCACAAUAUACAGUAAAUAUCUAAAUUUAUUUCACAAUACUAUUUAAAUGAUAUAUAAACACGACUAAACACUCACGUA